AUGGGAAUGCUAACUAUAGGUCGUUUUCUCAGCCGGCCUUAUCCACACAACCGUGACGGCCCUACGAUUUUCUCCUUCGAACAGAGACUCAUGAUGGAGGAAGGCAGUGGAUCCUCCGAAUUCAGAAAGACAGAGUCGCUAGUCAGCGGCGACUCUCCUGCCCUUCAGGCCGCGAUGGCUGAAGAGCUGUCCGACGCGGACGAAGCUCCAGGAACCCCCGAUACCUUCUACUCACCGCCAGCUUCACCUGGUCGACUUUCGCGCAACCCCUCCUUCUCCUAUCAUGAUGACUGGGAGACGUUUCCGGCCCUGGACCAGCUGAGCGUCUUCGAUCUGCUGGACAAUUUCUCUCUAUCCCAGAGGCUGGAGAAGCUGCAGCAAGCUUUGAAUGCACAGAAGGCAAAGGUGCAGAAACAACGCGAGAAACUCAAGUCGUCCUCUUUGAAUGCUAAAGAACGUGUCGUGGGAGAAUGGAAAAGAAGGGUUCCGACGGCCGAUGAGCGGCUUGACAAGUAUCGUCGGCGAAUGAAGACUGGCGUGGAGAGACUGGGCAAGCAAUGGAACGCAACCGCAACUGUGACCCUGCGCGAAAAGAUCUCCUUCAUAGCCGGUGUCCUCAACAUAUUCAUCAGUGGCUAUCUUCUCGGAGGAUGGCCGGAGUGGUUCUACAUCUGGUUCAGCGUACAGUUGGCGUAUUUCAUGCCCAUUCGAUACUAUGGGUACCAUAAGCGAGGCUACCACUACUUCCUCGCCGAUUUGUGCUACUUUGUCAAUCUGCUCUGCAUGCUGAGCAUCUGGGUCUUUCCCGGCUCGAAGCGACUGUUCAUCAGCACCUUCUGUCUGACGUUUGGCAACAAUGCGGUGGCUAUUGCCAUGUGGCGGAACUCUAUGGUAUUCCACAGUAUGGACAAGGUAGUCAGUCUGUUCAUCCAUAUAAUGCCACCGGUGACUCUGCAUUGUCUGGUCCAUUUGACAUCUGCCGCCACUUUGAAAGCAAGGUUCCCGGCCAUUUAUGCUAUUAAGUUUAGCGAACCCGGGUCUCCCGACCAUUUCACACUCCUCGAAAUGAUGGGGUGGGCAACUGUGCCAUACAUGAUCUGGCAGGCUGCCUAUCACUGCUUUAUCACAGUCCGACGCGCGGAGAAGAUUGCUGCCGGGCGCCCGACCAGCUUCACCUGGCUCCGCAAGUCCUACGCAAAGACCUGGUUGGGCAAAUUCGUCUUGAGCCUCCCUGAAUCCCUGCAAGCCCCGGCUUUCAUGCUGAUUCAAUAUUUCUACGCAAUUCUAACGAUGAUCCCGUGCCCUCUUUGGUUUUGGUCUCGCUGGGCCAGUGGAGCUUUCCUCACCGCCCUCUUCAUUCUUAGUGUGCACAACGGUGCCACAUAUUACAUUGACAUCUUUGGCAAGCGCUUCCAGAAAGAGCUGGAGGAACUCAAGAAAGAUGUGGCGCGGUGGCAUUCGUCUCCCGAGGGAGCCAUCAGCCCAAUGCUGCUACCGUCUGACCAGGGCGCAUCUUCUGCCGACAAGGCCCACGCUGAGUCGACUAUCGCCGGAAGCGCUGAGCCCAACAAGGCUAGCAUUGAUGCAAUCCCUCUUCUGGAUGCCCCUGCGGCUUCUACUGGUGUUGAGAGCGCUGCAGUUCCCAGCAACGACUCCACUGUGCGAGAAAGAUCGUGA